AAAAUCGUACAUUGACAUCAAACCUAUCAACCUUCUUUAUUUUUACCGCCGUGCGUUGGGUAGAAGCUAAAGUACGCAUGCGCGGGCAUUUCACCCUGUCACCUCACAUAACCUAAAAGACUUGAAGAACAUAAACAGAAUUUUGUAUAGUGUUAUUUUUAAAUGGGCAAACGUGUGUGUGUCGGCUUCCCUAUUGGCUGUAGACAUCGGACCAUUGCCUCAGAAAUAAGGAACCUAGUGUAGGAACAAUACGGCUUGGAAAUCAGUGAAGUUUUAUUAGCGGAGUACAAGUGAUGUUCGUGAAUUUUGUGAUAUAUAUUGUUUUAAUAUUAUAAGUGAGUUUACCAGUGUUUUGAAGAAGCCAGAUGGUGUACAUUUCUACAGUGAAGUUUUAAAUAUUGCGGUACUUUUAUAGGUAGUUUAUAUACAACGGUAUCAUAAAAGACUGAUAUAGCUGUCUGAAAUAGGAUUAGUGAACUAGAAAGUGAUCCGCUUGUCGUCAACGUGGGACCAAAACCAAGUGAUAAAACUAAUGUAAUAGUGACAACGAAUACAGUGUCUUAAUAACUCGUUUGUAAGGAUAUUAUAGUGUGAUAUAAAGUGGUUAUUGAAGUUAAAAUGACUCAAAAGGACUUUACCCGGGGCAAUGGGUUGCUGAGCUCGGCAGAGCCUGUGACGCCAAAGAUUGGUAUAGACGAUGAAGGCUCAAGGAGUUCGAUAGCUGGGAGCGUGAUGGAUGACCUCGCGAUAGCAGCUCCGAGGAUCAAGUACGAGGUAUCGAGCACGAGGUGGAUCAUCCUGGGCAUGUUCGUGAUCUACUCCGCGUCGAACUCCAUGCAGUGGACGCAGUACGCUAUAAUACAAGACAUUGUGGUGAAGUACUACGGUGUGAGUAACAUAGCGGUGUCGUGGACUUCUAUGAUCUAUAUGCUCACAUACGUGCCUUUGAUAUUUCCUGGAAGCUGGUUACUGGAUAAAACGAAUCUCCGCGUGACGACUAUUAUCGGUUCGUUUGGCACAUGCCUGGGAGCAUGGCUGAAGGUGUUCUCCGUGCCCCAGGACAUGUUCUGGCUGGGCUUCAUGGGCCAGACGGUGGUGGCCAUAUCCCAGGUCUUCAUUCUGAACGUACCUCCUCGCCUGGCUGCCGUGUGGUUUGGAGCUGAUCAGGUGUCUUCGGCCUGCAGUGUUGGCGUUUUUGGAAAUCAGUUGGGCGUGGCCGUGGGCUUUGUGCUCCCUCCGAUCCUGGUGCGGGCUUCGGGUACUAUCGAGGAGAUAGCCGCUGACUUCCGCCUUAUGUUCUACCUCGUCGCCGGCUUUACCAGCGUGCUGUUUGUCUUCAUCCUGCUCUUCUUCAAGGCAGCUCCCCCGAACCCACCGUCAGCGGCCGCGGACCUCGGCAACAGUCUUGACUCGAACUUCCUACUGUCGCUCAAGAAGCUGAUCACGAACCGCAACUACGUCCUCCUCCUCAUAUCCUACGGGCUCAACGUCGGCGCCUUCUAUGCUAUAUCUACUCUGCUCAACCAAGUCAUCUUGACGUAUUACCCUGGUGCGAACGCAGACGCGGGUCGCAUCGGUCUGGUGAUCGUGGUGGCGGGCAUGGCGGGCUCGGUGCUGUGCGGCCUGAUCCUGGACAAGACGCACCGCUUCAAGGAGACCACGCUCUCGGUGUACGUCGCCUCCGUCAUCGGCAUGCUCAUCUUCACCUUCACUCUGGACUGCGGAUACAUCGGCGUCGUUUAUUUGAGCAGUAUUUUGCUUGGAUUCUUCAUGACUGGCUACUUACCUGUGGGCUUUGAAUUUGCAUCGGAAGUCACGUACCCCGAGCCGGAGGGCACCACAUCUGGAAUAUUGAAUGCUGUUGUUCAGGUUUUCGGCAUCCUGACGACGCUGCUGUACGAGUGGAUGCUGGGCUCUGUGGGCGACCGCUGGGCCAACCUCACGCUCUGCGCGCUGCUAGCCGCCGGCGCCGCCAUCACGGCCGCCAUCCGCUCCGACCUGCGGCGCCAGGCCGCGCAGAACAACCACAAGGGGUAACUCACAAAGCCGGACAUUUAGGAGAACGAAGCGAAGUGUCUCACCUCAUACCGAUAACAGAAAUUUACGUUCCAAAUAUUCCAAAUCACCAUCGACUUUAAGAAAAGAAGAUACACCUUUGGCUUUUUUGCUUUGUAAACUAUACUGACUUGACUAGAAAAUGCUGUUAUUAUGAGAGAAUUCAAUUAUACAGCAGAAUAAUUCUGUAAGCAUAUUUCUUGAGCUGCCUCAAGAACAAUGCAGAUUAAUCAAUAAAUCAAAAAGAAAACCUAUUUAUAAAAUAAUUUCAAGUCCUGACAGUAUAAAAAAAAUCUUGCUUCGACUUUCAUCAAACUAUCGAUCAAAGCAUGACCUAAACUGGCCUAGCAAAAAAUGAUGAAAGGGGCUUCGAAAGACAAUGCUCAUCAAUAGGGCUUGCGGGCGACAUAAAAUGGCGAUACAAUUUUGACUGUGGCCCAGUAAGUCAUUUUGACUGGUAUUUUCUUUACGUUGGAUAUAAAAUAGAUAAAUAAAAUAAAACUAGAACGAUCUGGAAUGUUAGUACAACAAAAGACAGCAUAAUUUUAUAAAGUACAGAGUGUCUCAUAAAGGAGGACAUAAGUACUCAUUGUUAACUCUUUAUGAGGCAAAAGUAAAUAAUCUAACAUUAGUCGGAAUUAAUAUCUGUCUAUAUUAUUUAUUUCUUUUAUCCUAUGUAGGGUUAUAAUAUAGGACUAGAAACUUGUAAAUCACGACAAUAAUACGUGUGACUGUACUAUACGGUAGUUUUUGCCACAAUUUAGAAUAGAUUGCAUUGGAUGUGUCCUAUAGAGUGGUCUAUUGAUGGUAGUAUAUUUAAGGAUACAAUUUUUUGAUGGAAAUUGGCGACAUAAUAAUAUAUUUACACAGCAAUUUAAAGAAACUUGUACCUACCUAAUAUAAAAGAAGAAAUAAUUGAGUAUAUAAUAUACUCGUAUGAGGUGGCAAUAGGACGCCGUGAUACGGUGAACUGCCAUAACCUCAAAAAUGACUGUGUCUGAAUUGCUUAACUUCUAAAUUCCUAUUCACUAUAUUGUUCAAAAUGUAAAAGAUUACUGAUGAUGAUUAACUUUACUCGGACAGAUCUGCUAACUUCAGUGUGUCGCUAAAGUAUAGGUAUCGACAAAUCCAAGAGACAACGUAGGCCUAAAACUAGGUACUCGAAAAACAGCUUCAGUGUUCAGACAUUAGAUGAUUAGAUUGUGGAAUUGUGGUUUUUGAUUGAGAUUAGCAAAAUACAUAUAUUUGGAAUUAUUUACAUACAUUACUCAAAACAUAAGUAGUCAGAGUAAUGUACCUACCAAAAAACGAUUAACAUGGUGUAAACGAUAAUAAAGAAAAUACCUGCUGAACGUAGGAAUAGAAUAUCGAUUUGAAAUUGAUACUGAACAUUAGGAAUUUCCCGCAUAUAUGCCAGAAUAAAAAAUAUUUAAAAAAAUGGCAAGGCCAAUGUAUAAAACUGCCAUACUACACAAGGCAGCAUUUAGUAUUCGCAUUUCGAACAAAGAAAUUAAAUGAUCGGCCUAAAAGGUCACAAUAUUAGCAAAUAAUAAAUCGAUGUUGUGCAUUUAGAAUACUAGAUUGUAUUAAAAAUAAAAUGAUAAUUAUGUAUUAGAAUUGAAAUUUUAGGUUAUAUUUUCUGUUCCAGUGUGGUCUUAAAUAAAUGAAUGUUGACCGCACAAAAAAUAAAAUUAUUUAUAUUCUGCCUGUUAGUAACAUUAUUAUAUUGAUUUGGGAUUGAAUCCCAUUUGUGAUUUAGAUGAAUUUAUUUAAAGCUUCUAUCUUGUAAUCUCCUAAUUUAUCUAUGAUAAUUUAAUUAUUGUAUGUGUGAACUGUAAUGUCAAAGUAUUUCAGUGCAAGUAAGUAUGUUCUACAGAUAAUAUAGCUAAAAACCCCCUCUGAUAAUAUUUAACAGUUGAAAUUUACUUAAGACCCCAAGAAUUUAAUAAAAAUAAAUUAGUAAAGGGUCGUACCUGUGUAGUUUUUUAUUUGAUACCAACUUGCAUGAAAAUACUUAAAUAUUCGCAUGAGUGCCAACUGCCAAUGAUUGUAUGUAGUUGUAUAGAGCAACUUUGUGAUUAUUUUGUGAGCUAUCCAGUAUUAAAAUCUUUUAGGUUUAAAAUUAAGCUAUCAACUUAGUUGUAAAAUAUUCUUUUGUAUUUGUGGAGUUUAUUUAGAGUUUAAAAUAAGAUUAUAUCGUAUCUUAAGGUAAUUUAAUUUUUAUGUAUUUUCGAAGAUUUUCCGUAGGUGUGCGAUAAGCUUUUACUGUUGUCUUCAUAAGUAUUUUUUUAAAUGUAAGUAAAACAAAAUAUAUAUAUAGACACUUUGAAUCACUCAAAAGGUAACUUUAAAAAUGAAUAGGGAAGUUCAUUUCUACGAAUUUCAAACCUAAUUUUUACACUAGGCCUUUGCGACUUUUACAAUUCAAACAGCUUCGCUAAUAUUUAUUCCCAAACUAGUGAUGUACUGACCCCUGUAGGUAUGACGUAAGUAGGUACGUAUAAGUAUAAAGUAUAACUAUCUUAGGCUGUUUCAAGCCAAAAAGUAUUUGUUCAAACACGUGCAAGCAUUUAGAACGUCUAUUUCUACAACAAAUUUAACUAAAAUGUAAUAAUGACAAUAAACUUCAAAUUCGUAGGAAAGUAAAAUGAGACGUUUGACGACAUUCUCAGGCACAAAAUAUUUUUUAUAAAUUUAUUAUGCAGCUACGUGAAAAAGUUAUGUCUACCUAUAGUUGUAAAUCUUGUGCAAUGUGUGUAGCUAUUAUUCCGUACUGCGUGUCUAUGCUUUGUUUCAACUGUACCUAUUUGAAAUGUAAUUCAUUCCAAUUACUGUUAGAAUUAGUACAUAGUUCGUAAGUUCCUAAUCGACGUGUUACAUAUAAUGUUAAAUACUUAAUUGUUCAAUAAAAUCUGUUGACAGAUCA